AAUGCGUCUGCGAAUCCUUACAGACCCCCCACUCCUCCCACUCUCCUUGUCGUCACUUCUCCAGCUCGUUGGCGUGACCUCUCCUGACACACCCUCGGCCACUCCUUAUGGAACCCAGCUCACUCCGCCUCCCUGCGUACAGGUCCAGCUACCUGAACCGUUUCCAUCCCUACGCGCGCGACGAGCCACGUUUGUAUGAUCGUUUGCUCCAGUCGGACAUUGCGGGUGACGUGGAGGCAGUCGCGGAAGCGAGCGACCCUGCACCUCCAGUGGUGCAUUGGGAUGAGACUCUGCCGUCAACUCUUAAGAAUCUUCUUGAGGCAAUUGAUGAAUCUGAGAGUCUGAGAAACUUGGAUCUUGCGUUGCAUCCCAACGUUGCGGUGUUGCCGACUCGCCGCAUAAGGCUUCAGUUGUUGAUUAUCGACCUGGCCUUCGCCAUUGUUCGAGAACGUCAAGGCAGACCAACUCAUCCAACUGAAGACUCGCUCACAACAAUGCAUGCCGAGGGCGACGACGCUCAAAAAUGAUGUGCUGGUGGUGCUACGAGGACGGCACCGUCGUUCUAAGCUUGGUUUCAUUUGCUGUUGCUCUUGCCAUCUUCCUGCUGGGAGGAACUGUUGCGUUCACACUAUUUCUGCUGCAGUACCGGCAAUUUUGCUCUUGAUUACGUUGUCACUUUGUAUAUCUUCUCUGGUCCACAAUUCCUGCAAAUUCGUGUCGGUUCGUGCCGUUUGUGUCGCACUAUUAUUGCUGUCACACCGAAGCCGACGACAAUGUGUGUUCCUUGAAUCUUGCUAGUGUAAGCCUUGAUCAACCGGCUUCGAGAUCGCGUAGACACUGCCACAUAAUCGUGCAUUCUUUGUAUCAUGAA